AUGGCCACUGCUCAGCUCUCCCACUCCAUUGAAAGCUACAAAGCCACCAAGGAAACAGCUCUGUUCCCAGCUCAAAUCACCACCAAGCAUGAUUCUCUGGUAUUGGUGAAGAAGCUGUUAGCCACUUCUGUCUCGUGUAUCACCUACCUGCGGGGGCUGUUUCCUGAGAGUUCUUAUGGAACCCACUAUUUAGACGACCUUAGUUUAAAAAUCCUUCGAGAAGAUAAGAAAUGCCCUGCGUCUCUGCAGAUUAUCAAAUGGAUUCAAGGUUGUUUUGAUGCUUUGGAGAAGAAAUAUCUUCACAUGGCAGUACUUGCAAUUUAUACAAAUCCCAAGGAGCCAGAGAAAGUCACAGAGUUAUACCAGUUCAAAUUCCAGUACACAAAGGAAGGACCCAAAAUGAAUUUUGUCAGUCAUAGCACAAAUACCAGCUUUGAUAGUGGGACAAGAAGUGAAGAGAUCAAGAAAGCCUGCGUCCUCCUCAUCCGUAAGCUGUAUGUCCUGAUGCAGAAUCUCGGCCCUCUUCCCAAUGACAUCACAUUGACUAUGAAGCUCUACUACUACAACGAGGUAACACCUAACGAGUACCAGCCCCCUGGUUUCAAGGAAGGGCAAAGUGCCCAGAACCUUCUAUUUGAGGGAGAUCCCGUCAGCCUGAAGUUAGGCUUUGUUUCCACCAAUUUUCACAGUAUCAAAGUGAAAAUCAUUACGGAGAGCCAGAGGAUGAUAAAUAUGGGCAGCAAUCUGCUUCAGGAGAAUAGCAUCACUGAGAUCUCCCAUCAAGGUCUGGACUGUGAUGAAGAGGAAGAGGAAGGCAGCCAUAUCCGAAGGCUGGAAUUCGAAGACAGUCAGCCGAGUUCUGCACUUCCCAAGAAGAGAAGGAAGGUCAGCGAGCCAGUGCAAGUCCUCAUCCCAGACAGAAAGUGA